CAAGAAAAAAAUACCCUCAGCAGCUCAACGGAGAAGAAAAACUCCCCAUUGCCUCUCAAGAAAGACCAUUUCUUUUUUUGGCAAGAAUGGAUCGAACCCAGCUUCUUCUAGUAGGUUUACCCUUUUUCUUGUUUGUCUCCGAUCUUCUCCAACUAUUUAGUCCUCCCCCUCAAAAGCCCACUUCAGAUCACCAACAACAACCGCCGCCACUGAUCCAACAACCUCAGACUCUUCAAUUCCCUACUACUCAGGUUCAGAAAAAUGGUGGUAUUGGUGCAGUUGGUAUUGGUAACACUGUCAGCAUUGAUUUCUGCUCUUCUUGUUCUUACAGAGGGACAGCUGUGACAAUGAAAAAUAUGUUGGACAGUCAGUUUCCUGGUAUCCAUGUCGUCCUUGCUAACUAUCCUCCUCCACUUCCAAAACGUUUGUUGGGUAAAGUAGUACCUGUUUUCCAGUUUGGUGUCAUUGGCCUUGUAAUGGCUGGUGAACAAAUAUUUCCUAGGUUGGGAUUUGCAGUACCUCCUCCAUGGUUCUAUCGGUUGCGUGCAAACAGGUUUGGGACUAUGGCAACCACUUGGCUCCUGGGAAAUUUCUUUCAGUCCAUGCUUCAAAGUUCUGGUGCUUUUGAAGUGUAUGUUAAUGGUGAACUGGUUUUCUCUAAACUGAAGGAGAACAGGUUUCCUGGUGAAAUCGAGCUGAAAGAUCUAGUUGGCAGAAGGAUUGCUAACUCAAGGGUAGUGGAUGGCCUUGGUGUAUCUUCCUUGUUGUAGAUUUGGAGAUUUCACGAGAUCAAUUGUUCCGCAUAAUUUGGACUUGCUGUUGUGUUCUUCCGGUAGUGAUAGACAUACAUACAAUGAAAAGAUCCAACAGUCUUCUUUAGAAAUUGUUGAUUCCCAUCAAAUGUUUUCGCACAGAAACAUUCAACUCAAGGGACUGGUUCUGGUAUCGAUAAAAUGACACUCUUGAAGUUUUUUCGUUCCUCAAAUCCUUGUGACAUUUGAGUUUUAUAGUGUAUAAACACUUUCUCCCACAAUGGAAACAGUAUUUAGUAGAAGCUUGAAUGAAUAAUAAUAUACUUAGUAGUCA